GUUAAGAAUCACCCACUAGAAAUCUCAUCUCUCCUCUGACUGCCAGAAUUAUAAAACCAGGACUGCUGUUUUUCACGUUUCGGUUUGCACCAGCGAACACGCUCUCCAGCCUUCGCGGGGGACUUCGGGAGGGUAUUCAGCUGUUCCUAUCUGAGAACGGAGCACGAUGCCGAGCGGCUGUCACUCGGGCGUUGACUGCUAAGUGCUGAAGCAAGUGGGUGGGAGACAGCUGUUCCGCCGCCGCGCAACACACUUCGGGGGUCCUGCGGACUGCCCCGCACAGGCCCCCGGAGCUUCUUCCUCCAAUCCCCAAGGCGAGAAUUCUCUAAGGGAUGAUCCCCGCCCAGAGAAGGCCAGCAAGGUGCUCCACCCAGCGGCGGGUGGGCCGGCAGCCUAGGCUGGUUUAACUGGUUGCAACCACUGAAGUACGCAGACGCGGGGGAAAAAAGUGUCACUUUCGGUAGCCGCCGACACCAGGCCAGAGCUUGGGCGGAAAGCGCUUUCUUUCCUGCGCAGCUCUGCAGGGUUCCCAAACUGUCUUCGCUGGGAUUCGUUCCGGUGUAAUGGACAGGUAACAGAAGACCACUUCCCUUCCUUGUCAGGGCAGCAGCAUGACUGAGUGCUUCCUGCCCCCCACCAGCAGCCCUAGUGAACACCGAAGGGCCGAGCAUGGCAGCGGGCUGACCCGGACCCCCAGCUCUGAGGAGAUUAGUCCUACAAAAUUUCCUGGCUUGUACAGGACGGGUGAGCCCUCUCCUCCCCAUGACAUCCUCCACGAGCCUCCUGACUUAGUAUCAGAUGAUGAGAAAGACCAUGGGAAGAAAAAAGGAAAAUUUAAGAAAAAGGAAAAAAGGACUGAAGGCUAUGCUGCCUUCCAGGAAGACAGCUCAGGAGAUGAAGCAGAAAGUCCUUCUAAGAUGAAGAGGUCCAAGGGAAUCCAUGUGUUCAAGAAGCCCAGUUUUUCUAAAAAGAAAGAAAAGGAUUUUAAAAUCAAAGAAAAGCCCAAAGAAGAAAAGCAUAAAGAAGAAAAGCACAAAGAAGAAAAGCAUAAAGAAAAGAAAUCUAAAGACUUGACAGCAGCUGAUGUUGUUAAACAGUGGAAGGAAAAGAAGAAAAAGAAAAAGCCAGUUCAGGAGCCAGAGGUGCCUCAGGUCGACGUUCCGAGCCUCAAGCCCAUUUUUGGCGUCCCGUUGGCUGACGCGGUAGAGAGGACCAUGAUGUGUGAUGGUGUUCGGUUGCCAGCUGUCUUCCGAGAGUGUAUAGAUUACAUGGAGAAGCAUGGCAUGAAGUGCGAAGGCAUCUACAGAGUUUCAGGAAUCAAAUCAAAGGUGGACGAGCUAAAAGCAGCCUAUGACCGAGAGGAGUCUCCAAACUUGGAAGAGUAUGAGCCUAACACUGUAGCCAGCUUGCUGAAGCAGUAUUUGCGAGACCUUCCAGAGAAUCUGCUCACCAAAGAGCUUAUGCCCCGGUUUGAGGAGGCUUGUGGGAGGACCACGGAGCUGGAGAAGGUGCAGGAAUUCCAGCGCUUGCUCAAGGAACUGCCAGAAUGCAACCACCUCCUGAUUUCCUGGCUCAUUGUGCACAUGGACCACGUCAUUGCGAAGGAGCUAGAAACAAAAAUGAACAUUCAGAACAUUUCUAUAGUGCUGAGCCCGACUGUCCAGAUCAGCAACCGUGUCCUGUACGUGCUUUUCACACAUGUGCAAGAGCUUUUUGGUACUGUGGUCCUGAAGCAAGUGACAAGACCUCUGCGAUGGUCCAACAUGGCCACAAUGCCCACACUGCCAGAGACCCAGGCAGGCAUCAAGGAAGAGAUCAGGAGACAGGAAUUUCUUUUGAACUGUUUACAUCGAGAUCUGCAGGGCGGGAUAAAGGACUUAUCUAAGGAAGAAAGAUUAUGGGAAGUACAGAGGAUCCUGACUGCCCUCAAGAGAAAACUGAGGGAAGCUAAAAGACAAGAGUGUGAAACCAAGAUUGCACAGGAGAUAGCCAGCCUUUCAAAAGAGGAUGUUUCCAAAGAAGAAAUGAAUGAAAAUGAAGAGGUUAUAAACAUUCUUCUUGCCCAGGAGAAUGAGAUCCUGACGGAGCAGGAGGAGCUCCUGGCCAUGGAGCAGUUUCUGCGUCGUCAGAUCGCCUCGGAGAAAGAGGAGAUCGACCGCCUCAGAGCUGAGAUUGCGGAGAUCCAGAGUCGCCAGCAGCACGGCCGGAGUGAAACCGAGGAGUACUCCUCUGAGAGUGAGAGUGAGAGUGAGGACGAGGAGGAGCUGCAGCUCAUUCUGGAAGACUUACAGAGACAGAAUGAAGAGCUAGAGAUAAAGAACAAUCACUUGAACCAAGCAGUUCAUGAGGAGCGCGAGGCCAUCAUCGAGCUUCGAGUGCAGCUCCGUCUGCUCCAGAUGCAGCGAGCCAAGUCUGAGCAGCUACUGCAGGAGGAGGAGGAGCCAGAGAGGCGAGGGGGCACAGGCCCACCGCCCUGCGACGGUGCCCUUGAGGUCAGAGCAGCUAAGGAGCAGGCCAAGCCCUCACCCAGCAAAGACCGGAAGGAGACAGCCAUCUGACCGCCAGCCGGGCCCUGUGCAUCUUACUGUAAGCGAGCCAGCGCCUUUCCUGCUGUACACUCUUGUCAAGGGCCGCGGGUGCUCUUGCACCUGGCUCCUGUCAGGCUCAGGUCAGGGGGGUGAAGCAGUGGCCACACCGGGAGCUUGCAGGGACACAGGCGUUUCCAGUGUCAGCUUAUUUGAAAAUUUUCUUUGUUAAAAAAUAUUUUAACCCUUGAGUGGCUUCUUUUAAACCAAAAAAAAAAAAAAAAAUCUUUUUUUUUUUUUUUUUUUUUUUUAAAUUAAAUCACAGCAGAAUCAGGAUCUCUUUCUUCUCAAAGGGUGGGAACCAAACCAGGUCACUUCUGCGUCUGCCUUGUGGACGCUCGUGGUCUCGCCAGCCCCGCAGGGUCUCUGGCCACUCUUGCUUGUGCCUUCCACACCUUUUGGUGCAGAUUGUUCAGUGGGGAGCUGCCUCAUAUUCUGACUGUUCCCUUACCCGCCCUGUACCACUUGGCUUUUCCAGUUCUGAGGCAAGUCCGGCAGCGUGAGUCCUCAGGAUGGCCUAGUUUAGGAGUUCCCCGAGCGGCCUGCCACAGCCUUGCCGUGCAGGCCCAGUCACUCACUGCCAGGGAUCAAGCAAAGGCCUUUUCUGAGGUGGUCAGGGGUGGCCACCUUGACCCUGAGGCGUUCACACAAGGAUGCUUCUCAAACCAGAGACCUUUCACACACUGACCUUCCAGGAAAACCAGAUGAUUUCAGUUGCUGGCUCGGGCCAGGAAGCACACGCCUCUGCCAGGAUAAGCCAUGCAGACGCUCUCACACAGGAGUUUUAACUGUCGGCCUCAGGAGCUGCCUGAGGACUCCCUCUACAGAACUCAGCAGUAGGGAAAAUGAUAGCUGCAGUUACCCCACCUGGUGUUUGCUUCUAGGUCAGACUGCUGCUCCGUGGUGUCUGGAGGCCCGACUUUGGGCCGCACUGUCCAUGAGUGGCCAUGGGAGGUCCCCUGUGGCUCUGAAGACAAACCCCACACACUAACGUGAGAAACAACCCACACAGGGCUCCAAACCCCUCCUAGUUAGUGUUUCUUUCAGCACCUGUUUUAUGUGAUUUCUUUUUAGCCUCUACCUAUUGCACUGUUGUGACUUGUUGGCCAUUAUUUGAUUUUUGUACGAGAAAAAAAAAGCUUUGUUAUAGAAAUCAGCAUACUAUUUUUUUAAAUCUGGAGAGAAGAUAUUAUGGUGACUGGAAAUAUGGUCAGGUGUCAAAUAUAAAUGUAUAAACGCCUUGCUGUGUCCUGUCAGAUGUACCACAUUUAUUUUAUAUUUGCUGGCAAUAUUGAAGACUUUUUUGUUUGUGUAAAUUCUCAUUUCUAUCAAGGUAUCAUAGGUUUUUAAAAUUAGAAUUUCAUUAUUAGUGUCUCAAUGUUGGUUAACUAAUUUUUGCCAGGACCAUUAUUGAUCAAGGAAAUAAAUCCAACAGCCAUUUGAGAAAAA